UCUGAUUGCGUGAGGCGAGACUAAGAGUGACACAGAGCUGGCGGGCAAGCAGGUUUGGAGGAGGAGUGGAUUGCUUUGCGGUUUAAGAUAUUUAGUUCACUGGAAGACAUGUCAUAACAGGAAAUCACUGUGCCAGGUACAGCAAGCAAUCCCUGAGCAGAGCUGCUUCUGCAGGUUCUGUUCAGUUGAAGAAGACAUGUCUUUUGCAGAAGGUUGGACUGGUCCCACGGUCAAACUCUCUAAUGGGGUCCAAAUGCCAAUACUUGGAGUUGGCACAUCUCAAGUUGGAGGUUUCUCUCAAGAGGCUGUUCUGUUUGCGCUAGGUGAUUGUGGCGCACGCCUCGUUGACACAUCGAAGUACAAUGGCUUUGAGGUGCAGCUGGCCGAGGCCAUCCGAGAUAGUGGGGUUCCCCGAAGUUAUCUGUGGCUCACCAACAAACUCUGGCCGUUGGACUAUGGAUAUGAAACUGCCAAGACGGCCUUUCACAAAUCCUGCUCUCAGAUGGGGGUAGAGUAUCUUGACCUCUACAUGUUGCACUGGCCAGGUUCGAUGCAGCCUGGUCGCUCGAACAGAGAACUAAGAGCUGAGGCAUGGAGAGCUUUGGAAGAGCUCUAUGAAGAAGAAUUGUGUCGCUCAAUCGGGGUGAGUAACUUUAUGAUUCACCAUUUGGACCAAUUAAAGGAGGACUGCGCUAUCGUGCCACAUCUUAACCAAGUGGAGUAUCAUCCGUUCCAGCAGCCCAAUGAGCUGAUCGAGUACUGUCGUCAUGAGGGCAUCGCAUUUCAGGGCUACUGCCCACUGGCUAAGGGUCAAGUCCUGAGCAGUCCCACUAUUAUCCAGGUGGCACAAAAGUACAGACGCACACCUGCUCAGAUCUGCAUCCGCUGGAGUGUUCAGAAUGGAGUCAUUACAAUACCAAAGUCAACUAAAAAGGAACAUGUGGCUGAAAACUAUCAGGUGCUUGAUUUCCAGCUGGAUGAGGAAGACAUGGUGGUUAUAAACAAGAUGCAUGAUGGGAGACAUGUGUCAUGGGAUCCAGGAGAUGUGGAGUAACACAAAACACAUGUGGGAGUUAUAAGCUUCUCUCUGUCAUAAUUGAUAAUUACUGAAUUCAAAUUUAAUAAAAUAAUUGAAUGAAUCAAAACGUUACAUCGGGACACCAUGUUGUUUUGGUAGCUCAAAUCAAAGAAGAUCGUAUAUUUAUUUAGUAUAGUAUGCAUUUUUUCACUUUUAUCAAUUAAGAAAAUAAUAAUUCUGAACCAAAUUAUAUGUGAAUGUUUCUGGGCAACACUGAUGCUAAGCAAUUCAUAAUAAGAUAGUUAAUACUGAG